AGGGGUGGCAGAGGCGACGUGGUUCGAGCCGGCUUCUUGUCUUCCCCCUCCUUCCGCGCCUUGGCAUGGGCACCAUGGUUGCCGCUCUCCGUCCUUGGGCCUCCUCUCACGCCUCCCGCCUGGCUGUCCUGCUCGGCUGCCUGCUCUUACGCGGUGCUCCCGCGCGGGCCGAGGAGGCGGCGGCGGCAGGCGACGAAGCGGACCCCCACGCGCGGCACCUCUACAACGCCGAGAUGCUGCGCCAUGGCGCCCAGAGUGCGCCGCACUUCGUCAUGUUCUUCGCCCCGUGGUGUGGGCACUGUCAACGACUGCAGCCAACUUGGAAUGAACUUGCUGACAAGUACAACAACAUGGAAAAUCCACAAGUCUACGUUGUGAAAGUGGACUGUACUGCAGAUACGCCACUGUGUUCUGAAUUCAGUGUCAGAGGAUACCCAACUCUUAAACUUCUUAGACCAGGCCAAGAAGCUGCAAAAUACCAGGGACCUAGAGAUUUCCAGUCACUGGAGAAUUGGAUGUUGGAGACAUUAAAGGAAAAAUCUAUUGAGCAAGAACCUGAAUUGGAGCCCACAAAACCCCCUGAGCCAAAGCAGGGCCUCUAUGAGCUCUCAGCAGCUAAUUUCAAACUGCAUGUUGUAGAAGGCAAUCAUUUUAUCAAAUUCUUUGCGCCUUGGUGUGGCCACUGCAAAGCAUUGGCACCAACGUGGGAACAGUUGGCCCUGUUCCUUGAAAAUUCAGCGACUGUCAAGAUUGGCAAGGUGGACUGCACACAGAAUUCUGAAGUCUGCUCUGCAAACCAAGUGCGAGGAUACCCAACACUCCUUUGGUUCAGAGAUGGAGAAAAGGCUGACCAGUACAAAGGAAAGAGAGAUUUGGACUCUUUGAAGGAAUAUGUAGAUUCCCAGUUGAAAAACUCAGGUGAAGGCCCAGGUGAUGCUAAGCCCACUGAAGCACCAACACCACCUGGAGAAAUCACUCCUGAGGAGGAGGGUAAGGUCCUUGCCCUCUCAGAAAAAGAUUUUGAUAAAGAAGUUGCAAAUGGAAUCACCUUCAUCAAGUUCUAUGCUCCAUGGUGUGGUCAUUGUAAAAACCUGGCUCCAACUUGGGAGAACCUCUCAAAAAAGAACUUUCCAGGACCAGUGGAUGUCAAGAUAGCAGAAGUCGAUUGCACAGCUGAGCGCAAUGUCUGCAAUAGAUUUUCUGUGCAUGGCUAUCCAACACUCUUGCUUUUCCGUAGUGGGGAGAAAGUGAGUGAACAUACUGGAGCCAGGGAUCUCGAAACACUCCAUAACUUUGUUCUGCGGCAAACAAAGGAUGAACUGUAAAAGAGCACCUUGGAUACCACUUUUGUGGCUGUGUCUGUCCAGUAAACAUGGAAGUUGAAUCAUAGCAAUGUUACCAGAUUUCCAGUAGUGGUAAUUUAGGAAAAGGAGUGUGCUAACUAUGUUAUCUUCUCUCUGUGUGUUUGUAUUUCCUAAUCCCCCACUGUGCUGACCUUGAGAGACGCUUACAACAAGCACUCACUGUUCAGAUGGGGAAAAUGUGCAGUAUUGGUUGCAUUAAUGAGCUUACAGUUGUCUUGCAGUGAAAAAGUAAAUGGUCCCAUAGGGACCAAAAUGAGCAAAAGAGAAAAAAGGUUAAAAUUAAGGGUCAUGGCAGAUUAUUUUCACUGCAAGCUACACAGGUUAGAAAUUUGCUGAAUGCAUGUAACUGGCAGAACUGCACAACAUAACCUAAUUUUGCUAUACUGGUGAAUCAAAGCCUUUUAAGACCUUUCAUCAGAAACCAGGUUAAAAAUGUUAAUUCAAACGGAAUACACACACACACUUGAGAAGGUACCCCUGAUCACUAUUGGCUACUUGCUUCCUGUUCUGGUUUUCUCUCAUCCUGAGGGAUGUACAACAUUAAGCAAAGGUACUCUUAUGUGUGCCUGGUCAUUCUUAAACCAUGGUAUUUUUCAGGUAGCUUUGACAGCUGAAAAACACAACAGUCCUGUUCAGUAAUUUGGAAAGCGAUUCGGCUCUCUUUAUGCCCUUUUACAUAUUCAUUUUGGUGACCAAACAAUUAAAAAAAUUGUUUUUUAAAAUGUUUAUGCUUCUUUUCAUCCAGUGGUCAGAACAGUAACCAGAGUUAAAUUCUUCUGAGUUGCAGCAGGGUCCCUGAAAUAUAUUUUCUUCCAAGUAAGGUACGGAAAGGAAUCAAACUUACCUACAAAACCUUUCCAGAUGGCCUAUAGUUUUAAGCAGAUUCUCCCAUCCUCUCAGCCCCAUUUCCGAUUUAAUAUGCCAUGUGACAGAUAGAAUUAAAGCCAAAGAACUUUUAGUACAGGUACUGAUAGAGUAAUACAGCAAACUAGAUGCUAAAAGGUUUUCUAGUUUGUAUAUAAACAUUUAUUGCCAUUUAUUUGGGGAGGUAUUGCAGAUUUAUACAUAUGCAGAUACUCAGAAGGAUGUGAUUUCCAUUUGUCUUGGAUGAAGAUGCAACUUUCAUCUUUGUACUGUAGCUUGUCCUUUCUAUUGAAAGCCAAGAAAUAUGUCUAGCAUAAAUUGUGAAAGGGGGAUUUUAACAAAAGGGCUAAUAACACAUGGCAGUCUUAUCACAUCAACACACGUGUUUCUGCCUUCAAGGGAGCAUUUACUCAGAUGACUUUUAAAAAAACCUAAUGAAGCACAAUCUCAUGAGCAGGCUGAAUGGUAACUCAUGAGUUCUUGUAAAAGUUCAAGUGGUACAAAUUGUUUACACGAACUAUUUCUGAAUAAAAUCUUUUUUUACAAAAAGAAA